GCGUUUUUGUCCUCCAUCUUCUUUUCAACGACAGGGAUAGUUGCUAUUAGCUCAGCUGUUUUCUGACAAAUGCUUUCAAACGGACGAACAAACCCUUUUUUUAUUUCGAGACUCUUCAGUCUGUCAUGUUCAUAGAAAGAUGACCUAACCUUGGACCUAACAAUACAGAAAAUCGAAGCGCAUUUUAAAUCUGUCUCGUGCGCCUUUUCCAGUCAGAGUCGCUCUCAACACUUUUGUAAGCUAAGCUACUGUAACUUUGCAGCGGAAGUCGAGGAUCGUAUGUCUAUAUUUUCUCUCGGUUAGUCAGACCAGACACCUGCUGCCAUCAGUCACAGCAGAGGACGUUUACGUUUUUGCCAUUCUUCUAGCAUGGUAGCUGAAGAAAACGACCAACUAUGAAGCUCAUAGGUUCUCUGUUUGCCGUAUUUGUUCUUGCGUCAGAAUGCCAGGGUAGGAAUGAAGAGGAGCGCCUCAUUAACUAUAUGUUCAAGGAGCGGGGCUAUAACAAGGAGCUCCGCCCAGUGAAAAACAAAAAUGAAGUGGUGCCAAUUAACCUGGGCAUGACUCUCUCAAACCUCAUAUCCCUAAAAGAAGUUGAUGAAACCCUCCUGACAAAUGUAUGGAUGGAACAUGGGUGGGACGAUUACAGGCUUUCAUGGAAUUCAACAGAGUUUGAUGGGAUAGCAGAGCUGCGUUUGCCGGCUAGUAUGGUCUGGCUACCAGACAUUGUUUUGGAGAACAACAAUGACGCCCAGUUUCAGGUGGCAUACUACUCCAACGUUGUGUUAUAUGAGUCAGGGUUUAUAUACUGGCUGCCCCCUGCUAUAUUCCGAAGCUCGUGUACCAUCAAUGUCAACUACUUUCCCUUUGACUGGCAAAACUGCUCACUAAAGUUCAGCUCUUUGACAUACAACGCCAAGGAGAUCAGCAUGCAUUUGAAAUCAGACUAUGAAGACGAUAGCAGUUACACUGUCGAGUGGAUCGUCAUUGACCCUGCCAGUUUUACAGAGAAUGGAGAGUGGGAGAUCAUUCACAAACCAGCCAGGAGAAAUAUCUACAAGAGCAUACCAGAGGAGAGCAACAAGCACCAGGAUAUUACUUUUUAUCUAAUCAUCAAGCGCAAGCCGUUGUUCUACAUCGUCAACAUCAUCAUUCCCUGUGUGCUCAUCUCCUUCAUGGCCUCACUGGUCUACUUCCUUCCUGCGGACAGUGGUGAGAAGAUGACUCUGUCCAUCUCUGUGCUUCUGGCCCAGUCUGUCUUCCUGCUGCUGAUUUCACAACGUCUUCCUGAGACAUCAAUGGCGGUUCCUCUAAUUGUGAAGUAUCUGAUGUUCAUCAUGGUGCUGGUCACAGUGGUGGUGCUAAACUGUGUUAUCGUGCUGAAUCUCCACUUCCGUACACCCAGCACUCACAUCAUGUCUGAGUGGACCAAAGAAUUCUUCCUGGUGUGGCUGCCACGCAAGCUGUUCAUGUCCCGUCCUGCAGACAGUGAGCCCAAAUGGGACGGGGCCCUUCAGCGGCGCUCUAGCUCUGUGGGUUACAUCGCUAAGGCAGACGAGUAUCACUGUGUGAAGUCCCGUAGUGAGCUCAUGUUUGAGCAGCAGUCAAAGAGACAUGGCCUGGAAACCCGUGCCACACCCUCAAUAUGCAAGUCAAACCUCGAUGCUGACAGUGAGGUGACCCAACAGCUGUACGCUGAGAUGAAGCCUGCGGUGGAUGGAGCUAAUUAUAUAGUCAAGCACAUGCAUGACAAAAAUGACUACAAUGAGGAAAAGGAUAGCUGGAGUGGCAUAGCCCGGACAGUAGACCGCCUCUGCUUCUUCCUGGUAACUCCAGUCAUGACGCUCGGAACCAUCAUCAUCUUCCUCACGGGCCUUCUCAAUCACCCUCCCCCACUGCCUUUCGAAGGAGACUCCCAUAACUACCUGGAGGAAAACAAACGUCUCAUUUGAGCAACCUCUCUCCCCCAAAUGCAUGAGUAUUGCUGUGUGGUCAAACUAUUUAUACAUUUUAGAAUUUGUGUCUUUAAUGAGAAUUGUGGAGAAUUGGGAAAUUAAUGACGAUUGGUUGGGUUGCUAUAACAGUGAGUAUCUACAGUCUCCUGUUGUAGGAAGGACUUGUACUUCUUAAAUCCUGUGUUCAGAGUACUCUGUUUGUUAUCAUGUGCCAAUAUAUGUGCUUGAAAUUUAAUCAGAAAACACUUAGGUCAUUUUAUUUAUAUAGCGGCAAAACAAUAAAAUUGUCCGGAAGUGCUUUACAGAGCCCAGGGCCUGAACCCCCAGUUAUAUUUUUGGGAAAUUCUGAAAAAAUUAAUAGGUUUUCUGAAGUUUUCUUAAUGAUGUGUGUGAGUGGAUCUGAAUACUGUAUAAAGAAUAAUAUUGUUCUCAGAUCUACGUACAUUAAGUACAUCACUGUAUUCAUUAGUCUGGAGAUCCUGU